AUGGGGAAGAAGUCGUCGCGCCCACCAGCUUCAAAAACUGCUUCCGCAGCACAGCCCGCAGCCUCCGGAGCAACUGUCUCUGGCAACAAAUCUUCCAUCAUACGGGCUGCGUUCUCGCCGUCCGAAUAUCAAUUGGCCCUCUUUGCGUCAGUUAUCCAAGGUCUAGAUUCGCAACAUCUCCGCAUCCAUGACAUUCACACCGGUGCCUUGCAAUGCGAACACAGUGUAGCUCCCAAGGAGUCGAUUACUUCAUUAGACUGGGGUUAUUUGGGUGGUCAGAGAGAACAAGGGUCCAAGAAGAAGAGGAAGAGGAAGUCUGAUGUCAAUGGCUCUGCUGAAGACAAGUUCGGCCGUGAGGCCGUUGUUGCUUUUGGCACAAGUUCAUCUGAUAUUCGCAUGUACUCUCCAGCGGAAGAUAAAGUUCUCUGUACUUUGAGUGGUGUUCACGAGGGAGGUAUCAAGGAUUUUAAGUUUACUACUGGAGAAUCUACAUCUCAGGGCUGGAGUAUUGGCGGUGAUAACAGGCUUGUACAAUGGGAUCUCAACACCCGCCAAAGCAUCAGAAUUAUAAACAUUCCCACCACCUCGACUGUCUCAGCGCUCUCGCGACCUCUUCUUUCCAACCCUCCCGUGAUUUGCGCCACACAGACUCCUAUCAUUCUUGACUUCGAAAACUCUGACGCCGAGUCCCUUACCUUCCCUUCAUUGACCAGUCCCAUCCAUACCCUUAUUCCAUCAUCCACUCUUUCAGUCAAAGAUGCCAAUUUCAUCGCAGCCGAUAAUGAGCGUUAUAUCACUGUGUUCGAUCCGAAGACUCAAGGAAUCGCAUACAAUCUGGUUGCUGAGCAGGAAGUCACAUCCCUGUCAUUAUCUUCUCAGGUUUCGGAUAAAACCGAAGAGGGUCCAAACGAGAAACAAGUUCUCGCAGCCUUAGUUGAAGACGGCACUGUCGAAUUAUUCAGCAGACCCUUCUCGCAGACUAUCGGACAAAAUGGCACAAAAGCCACCAGCCAGAAAGCCAGAGCAAAGCAAAUGAUUCGCAAAGCUGACGCUAUACUGAAGAUCUUGCGACCGGAUACCAGAAAAGCCGUUUCCGCCGUUCAAGUGGGUUUCCAGGGACCAGAACUAUACAUUGCCUGGGCUGAAGGGGGUGUGAAUGUGAUCUUUGAGCGCGUAAGGUGGCAGGAUCAAGAUACAGGAGAUCUCGUAUUCUCUGGUACUACUGAUAUCACAGCUCGCAAAUCUGCUUCGGCGCUUAAGUCUGCUGCUGUGAUCGAGGGACAACGGGCCAGCAAAUCGCACGUCAAUGAGAAUAGCACUAUUGUUGAGUCGGGGCUUUACUCUGAGGAUGUUGAGAUGAAUGAUGCACAUGUCGAAGAUGAUGCGGUGUCGAUAUCAGACGCCGAAGACCACUCUGACAUUGAGACCGAGACUACCCAAAAACGACAAACCAAGAAAGUCAACGGUGUCAACGGCACCAGCAAAGACACAGAUAUGCAAGAAGCCGCUGCUGCGGAACAAGACGAGGAUGAGGAAGACGAAGGAGGAGAACUCACAUUCGGCGAACUCGUCCAAAGGAGCUCAGCAAUCGACGUUGAGGCAGAGUUAGAAGAUAACGCUGGCGCUGGGGCGUUAGUACCUGGCUUAUCCAGCAACACGAACCAAACCGUUGCACAGAUCCCAUCGGGCGUAUCCCUGUCAACCGUUCUUACUCAAGCUCUCAAAACGAAUGAUUCGGAAAUGCUAGAAUCUUGUUUCCGUACCUCGGACGUGAACAUCAUCCGCACAACCGUUCAACGACUAAACUCCGCACUCGCAGGAGCCCUGAUCCAACGACUCGCAGAACGCAUGGCGUCCCGACCCGGCCGAUACGGACAUCUACUUGUCUGGGUACAAUGGACAUGUGUCGCGCACGGAGGCGCCAUCGCCGGCAAUACCGAGAUUCUCAAGCGCAUGACCUCACUCUACAAAGUCAUGGACCAACGCUCCCGCAGUCUCCCUUCUUUGCUCCUACUCAAGGGCAAACUCGACAUGCUCGAUGCUCAGAUUAAUCUUCGACAGUCAAUGGCCGAUAGCAGGAAACACGGUAUGGACGACGGUGGCGAGUCCCUGGAACACAUCACUCAUUACGCGGGUGUGAGCAACGAUGACAGCGAUGCCGAGCGACGUCGUAAGCGCAAGAAGACAUUGUCACACAUCAAGUCCAAAUCAGCUCUCGAUGGAGCCGACGAAGAAGCCGAUGAAGACGAUGAGAUGGCCGAUGAAGUCGGCGGACUCGCAUCCGAUUCCGACGAAGAAGAAGGCAGCGAGGAAGACAUGGACGAAGAAAUCGGUGACAUGAUCGAUAUCGAAGCCGAAGAAUCUCUUGACGACGAGGAUGAUGAAGAAGACGAUGAAGAUGAAGAAGAGGAAGAUUCAGACGCAGCCAGCGACAUGCGCGACUUUAUUGCUGACUCAGAAGUCGACGAGGAGCUAUCUGCAGAUGAAGUACCAGAGAAGAUAUCCGUGCCACCACCAUCAAAGAAAUCGAAAUUGAAUCAUAAAUCGCGGCGCUAA